CUAUAGCCCUAUAAGCGAUUCUUAAAUCACAGUGAUAAAAUCACCGGUAGUGAAAUAUCGCUCAUCACUACUUGGUGGAACCCAAAACAAAACUAAAAUGUCAACACCAGAGAAGAAAGGCACUAAUUUUACCGAAAAGUUGACUCCUGUUCGAUUAGUUCUGGAUAGCCCACGGUUAAAAUCAGCUUCGGAGGAUGCAAAUUUUACAGCAUGUAAAGCUCGCUUAAAAGCGAUUGUUUCUCUUCUACAGGACAAUUAUUCCAAAUGGCAAUUAGCGCAAAAGAGGGGUACAACGAUUUGUACAUCGAUUGAGGCAAUUAAGACACGCGCUUUAGAGACGAAGGAAUCUUGUAAUCAAAUCAUUGGGGAGCAUCGAGAUACAAUUUAUCCAAACGGGUUAAAACCAUACGCGAAGAAGUUAAGAUUGAUUGCGUCUAUAUUCGAAGACAUCACAAAAAGCACAGAAGAUUCACUGCGGCAGUUAAUUUCCCUAAGUAGGUUUCCGGGUAGUAAAGACAAAGUUUUCUAUCGUUCUUGGCAUUUGUCUCAAUAUAUCAACUUUGUGGAACAACUUCAUGGUCGUUAUAGAAAAGAAACCGAAGUGAAGCAAUACGUUGCCCGUAAGUGGACAGGAGAGUUGCCACAUUGCAUGAGCAGAGCAGAUUUGAUAUGUUGCACAACCGCUUGGGAAUAUCCACAAUACGUUGAUGUAUGGACGUCGCUAACGCUCGCAUUUCUAAGGGAGGAAAGUAAAUAAACGAAAAAGUUAUUUACGACUGAAUAUUUCUAUUUAAAUUAAUCGAAACCAGCGCUGCCGAAUUGAAGAUUUUGUCGUUUUUUUAGCCUAAUGACGUUUUGACGAUUUCCCCCCGUAAUGACGUUUUUUUUUUUAGUUUUUCAACCUAAUUGCAUAUGUAUGUAAAUUUUUUUUUAAAGGAAAACGUAGUCCAAAUUACAGCCAUGCAUUUAUCUCAUAUAUGUAAUACUUCUAUAUUGGCAGUAAGUUAACUUCUAAAUGUGUAAUCAAAGCGAGACAGUCUAGUACCG